AUGCAAAACAAUUCAAAUAGCAAAUAAAACAAUAACAAGAGUAGUACUCUAUCGAACGACUAGAUUAUUGCAAUAAACGCUUUAAGAAGGAAAGAUAAUUCGCAAUAUGUUGAAAGACAUAAUUAAAAUAGCUUUCAAAUACCUCACAAUGCAGCUCAAAUCAAUGUGACCGAGCAUAAUUAGCCUGAUGAUAAAAACAGUGAUAGCAAAAAAAUAAGAAGGCUAAGACAAAAAAAGCAAACUGAUGUUGGUUAAUUAGGUAUGGCACCUUCAACAAAUGUUUUGUUAGCAUUGCUUAUAAUUGUGAUGGGAUUUAAGGCUUCUUAGUAUAAUUUCAAUGAUUUGCUGGUAGUUGACAAAGCCUUGAUGGCAUUGGGAAUUUGGGUACUUUUAAUAUCUCUUGUCAAUUUAUAUGGUAAUUUGUAAGGACUUAAAUGUAGUUUAGGUCUUGGAAAAGAAAGUGAUGAAAUCAUGCUUUUUGUUUUAUACAACUGUGUUAUAUCUUUCAUUCUUUUGUCUAUAUUUGCAAUCGGAGCUAUUUCAUUUUCAGAUAAUCUUGAUGACUGGAUAGGACGGCACUGGGACGAAAUAAGACAAAAUGUUCAAACAUACUCCAUGACAGACUUUAAGUAGCAUGUAGCUUCUGAAUUAGUAUCUUUGGGUGCUUUCGCUUUCACCAUAGAUCUUUCCCUUUUCAUUAUGAUAUCAACGAUAUUGCUCAUUCAAGGUGUUGAGAGAGUUAUGAUAGUUCUUUUCCCACUAACUAACUUGAUUUUUAUUAUAUUCUCAAUGGCGAUAUUUGCAGUUGCAUUUAACUUUAAUUCUCAUUCAUACUAUUCAUCAGCAAUGCCUAUGGGAGCAAACUAUGCACUCUUUGUGAUUUCAAUUUUUGUGUUCAUUAUUGGAGUAAUUGGUUACAAGUCAAGUACGACUGGAAAAAUGGGUUACUUGCAAACUUACAUUUUAGUAUUAGCAUUUAGUGCUCUGCUUAGCGCUUUCACAGGUGUAUUCAUGAUUCUUAAAACUGCUACAAUAAAAGAUACAGUAAAUAAAGAGUGGGAUGAAAUUUAAGAAAGACUAAAAUCAGCCGGCUAUGACAUAGAAUAAGGAACAUUUUCAAAUUUUCUUGAAGUAAAUCUAAAAUUCGGAGGACUUUUCUUGAUAGUCUUUUGUUUGUUUCUAAUUCUAGGACUAGUGCCAGUUUACAUUAAAUUUCUAAUAAAAAGAAGAGGUGAAACCUAACAUAAAGGUACUGGCGGAGGUACUGGAAUAUUUUCAACACCUUAUAGAUUAAAUAGUGAUUAGACAUCCCCGAAAUUAAGACGUCAUGUAUCUCCUAAUGAAUCAGAGGCAUGA